GGCCGCGGGACAGAACGGGGCGCUAGCAGCUGGUUCGGGGUAACACGGGGGACUGUGUCCCCACAUCCUGUCCCUGCCCCGGUGCUGAGCAGGGCCGAGGUGGGCACUUGGCCACCCUGGCAGGUCUGGGGCUGGCCGGUCCUGGCAGCCCCACGGCACUUGGGAGGGGCCGGGGGAUGACCGGAGGCCACAGUCCCGGGCCGAGCAGGGGACAGGGUGGGGCCAGGAUGGGGUGUCAUCGCUGCUGUGUGUGGUCCCACAGGGCCAGGACUUGUGCGGCAUGUCCUGGGGACCCCUCUUAAUGAGGUGGCCACAGAGGGAUGGGGGAUAAAUCUCAUCCGGGAGUGUGGGUGUUCUGCUGCCAUGGAUGUGCUGGGGCCAUUCUGGGGCCUAUGAGACCCCGGCAAGAAUCCGGGUUCUGUGUCCCAUCCCUGCGGAGCUGUGUGGGGCAGGGGGUGCAGGCAGGGUCCUGGGGGGCAGCUGCAGGUGCUGGCAGAUGGUGGGGGUCCCACCGUGUCUGGGUGGGCAUCAGGUCCGGGGGGAUCCUCCAGCAGCAGGUUUGAGCCCCGGUGGGUGCAUGUCAAGCAUGUCAUAUUCAAUCUGACUGUGUCCCCACACUGUGAGAGUCACUGCAUGUCCUGCUCAGCAUCGCAGACCUCCCACGCUCACAGCCGGGCUCGGGGGAUCGUGGGGAGCAGGAGGGAGCUCUAUGCCUGGCUCUGAGCUGGAGUGUCUGUGGGUCCAAGGAGAGUGCAUUAGACUUUGGGGUCCUGCUUUCUGAGCAUGGUACCAUACCAGGCCCAGCCAAGUGGGUCAGGAGGGGCAUGGGGCUGCAGGAUCGCAUGCGGAGGGUGCUGAGCUCCCCCAGCCUCACUUCCCCUCAGAGCUGUGGGCACCGGGGCCAGCUGUGCCUGGUGAUAAGCCCGGGGAUGCCAGCCUGGCUUCCUGCGAGUGGCCACGGCCCCGCUGGAGUCACCGGGAUCUUCCCCUUGGGCUGCGGGUCCGGCUCCAGCCCGACCUCAGCCUCCCUGCGGCUUCCUGGGGGCUGCAGGGCUGGGGCGGGAGGGGACAAGGAGGGGGCCGGGAGGCUCCUGUACUUGCUGUUCCAGGGACCUCCCAGCCCAGGGGGAUCCGGGGUCCCCCUGUCCUUACCCGCGUCCCCUCCCACAGCCGCCAUGGACGACAUCUUCACACAGUGCCGGGAGGGCAACGCGGUGGCCGUGCGGCUCUGGCUGGACAACACCGAGAACGACCUCAACCAGGGGGACGACCAUGGGUUCAGCCCCCUGCACUGGGCCUGCCGCGAGGGCCGUUCCAACGUGGUGGACAUGCUCAUCAUGCGCGGGGCUCGCAUCAAUGUCAUGAACCGGGGCGAUGACACCCCGCUGCACCUAGCUGCCAGCCACGGCCACCGGGACAUCGUGCAGAAGCUGAUGCAGUUCAAAGCAGACAUCAAUGCAGUGAAUGAGCACGGGAACACACCGCUGCACUAUGCCUGCUUCUGGGGACACGAGCAAGUGGCUGAGAGCGUGCUGAGAAGCUGGGCCAGAGCCUCACCAAGAUCCCCUACAAGGACACAUUCUGGAAGGGCACAACCCGCACCCGGCCCCCUGUGGAAGGGGCGCUGGCAGGGCAAUGACAUUGUAAUCAAAGUGCUGAAAAUCCGGGACUGGACGACGCGGAAGAGCCGGGAUUUCAACGAGGAGUACCCAAAACUGCGGAUCUUUUCCCACCCUAACGUGCUGCCAGUGCUGGGUGGCUGCCAGGCCCCUCCAGCUCCCCACCCCGUUGUCAUCAGCCACUGGAUGCCCUUCGGCUCCUUGUACAAUGUCCUGCACGAGGGGACCAAUUUCGUGGUGGACCAGAUGCAGGCGGUGAAGUUCGCGUUCGAUAUCGCACGGGGCAUGGCCUUCCUGCACACGCUGGAGCCCCUCAUCCCGCGCCACCACCUCAACAGCCGCAGCGUCAUGAUCGACGAGGACAUGACGGCGCGGAUCAGCAUGGCCGACGUCAAGUUCUCCUUCCAGUGCCCGGGGCGGAUGUAUGCCCCGGCCUGGGUGGCUCCCGAAGCCCUGCAGAAAAAACCAGAGGAGAUUAACCGGCGCUCAGCUGACAUGUGGAGCUUCGCGGUGCUGCUGUGGGAGCUGGUGACACGUGAGGUGCCCUUCGCUGACCUGUCCAACAUGGAGAUUGGUAUGAAGGUAGCACUGGAGGGGCUACGUCCCACCAUCCCCCCAGGCAUCUCCCCCCACAUCUGCAAACUGAUGAAGAUCUGCAUGAACGAGGACCCAGCCAAGCGCCCCAAGUUCGAUAUGAUCGUGCCCAUCCUGGAGAAGAUGCAGGAGAAAUAGAGGGGAGGUGCCUCCCCCCUCCAGUGCUGCCUUGCACCCCCCGCCACCCCCAAGUGCCUUUAGCCCUAGAGCCGGGGGGAGCAGAGGACACCCCUCACCCUGAGCCAGCCACGGACACACGGUACAGAUGGCACUGCCUGCACUGGAGCUCUGCAAGCUCCGGACCCCCACCCAGGGUAGCCCCUCACCAGGGUAGCCCUAACCCAGCCUCUGGGCAGCCCCCAAUCCAGUGCAGCCCCCCUACCCAGGGCAGGGCCUGUGGCCUGGCCCUGCUGCUGAGGGAUGGGGCUGUGGGGCCCCCUGUCCCCCUUGCUGGGCAAAACCCAACCCAGGACUCAGCCCCACAAGGCUGGGGGGGAAGGGGCAGGCCAGGAGAGGCCACCUGUGGUGCCCAGCACUGCCCCUGCUUCGCGCUUCACUGGCCACUUCCCUCUGGCCCCAGAAUGGCCACUGGCCACCAAAUAAACAUUUGGUAUGGAA